ACGAACACGAACAACAAUGAGCUCCCCACCACCACCAACAACAACGACACUGGCACCCCCAAGCGACAACGGAGUGCCCAUCCACCGAUCGCAUUCACUCCGUCGAGCGGAGAACGUGCUCAACUCGCGAGGCCGGCUCAACGCUGCCCUCGCGCCUGAGACGUACUUCACGCCGUCUGCGUCCACGUCCACGUCCACGUCAAUGUCAGCGGCCACCUCAAUGUCCUCGUCCUCCGUCCCCAACCUCGAAACGUCGUCCACAUCCACGUCCACACCAUCAGCAUCAGCGCCCGCUCCCUCACCAGUACCCUCCCGCUCUAAAUCAGACUCGUCCGCACUGCGCACGCUCGCGUCUCUACGGCGCAAACUCAAGACCGUAUCCGCAUCCGUAUCCGUACCUCGAUUCCCCGGGACUGGGACCGGAAACAGUAACAGUAGUAGCACUAGUAUUGGGACUAUCACUGAGACUGGUGAGCCGAAGGGACGACAUGCGAGGGCGAUGAGUGACGUGGGGGUUAGUGGUGAAGGAGUAGAAACGGCAGGAAGAGAAGGAGGAGGAAGAGAAGGAGGGGGAAGGGCAGGAGGAAGAGGAAGAGGGACGCGUGCGAGCCUCGUGGGCUCCAUCAUCACUUUCUCCGUCCGGAACGCAUACGCAGCGCAGAACAGUCCGUCGCAGCCUUUGGGACGCGUCAACGUGAGGCGGUCGUUGUCGAACGCGAGUACGGAGACGGUUAGGCCUCGGAUUGCAUCAUCAUCAUCAUCUCCACAGCAGAGGCCCAUUUCUUCGGUUCCUGUAUCAACACAAGGCGAACCCGUGUCUGUACCUUUGUCCGCACACGACCCCUCGUCUUCGUCCUCACUAUCACCACCACCACCACCAUCCUCCUCAACGACAACACUAACAACGUCGACGAUGGCGACCCCACAACCACCACCAGCAGACCAGAAACCGUCCAUGGCCGAUUUCACAGUCCCCCAGCUCCUGCAGCAGGGCACCCCAAUGACGAAAGUGUCCGCUAAGAAACAACAGCGCGUCGUCUUUCGUCUCGAUCCUGACCAGGGACAGAUCAUAUGGGAGAGUAAGAAGCAUCGGAUCAUCCCAAUCGAAACAAUCAAAGAACUCCGCUCAGGCUCCGAAGCCCGCUACUACCUCUCCCAAUUCAACUUCUCCUCCGCCUACGAAUCCCGCUGGUUAACGAUCAUCUACGUCCUCGAAGGCAAAUACAAGACGUGGCACGUCAUCGCGCCCACGCGCGAGGUCUUUGGGAUGUGGGACGUCACUUUGCGCAGGCUGUUGGGCGUGAGGAGGGAGUUGAUGAGUGGGUUGGGGAAUGGGGAUUUGAGGGAACAGGUGUGGGAGAGGCAGGUUUGGAGGGGGGCGGAGGGGAUGGGGGAGGGGGGGACGUGGGGGGGUGGAACAGUAGGAGGAGGAGAGGCGGAUCAGAGGUUGAGGUUUGAGGAUGUGGAGAUGUUGUGUAAGAGGUUGAAUAUUAAUCCGAGUAAGGACGAUUUGUUGAGGAGGUUUCAGCAAGCAGACGUCUCCAACGCCGGCUAUCUCGACUUUGCCAACUUCCAACGCUUCGUGAAACUCCUCAAGACGCGCCCGGAGCUCGAUAGGCUUUAUAAGAAACUUUGUGCGCGGGGGUUUUCGCAUGAGCGGCAUCAACACCAUUCGCAUUCCGGAGCAGGAGUGGGAGUAGGAGGAGGAGCAGGAGGAAAGGAAGGGGAGGGAGCGGUGUUUGAUUUUGUUGUGUUUGAGCGGUUUAUGAGGGUUUGUCAGAAGUCCGACCUGAGCGACGAAGAGCUCAAAGUCGUAUUUGCGAAAUACGCGUCUGCUCCCCCGAAUUCGACCGCCUCGACUGCUCCUGCUCCCGCUCCCGCUCCUGUGACUUCGACCCCGACUUCGACCACUCCGGCCAACGCUUCCUCGACUAUUUCCCCUGCUUCUGCUUCUGCCUCUGCUCCUUCCGCUGCUGCUCCUUCCUCUGGGUCUACCGACGCCAACGCCACAUCGACGAAUCCCCUCUCUGCGCCUGCGCCGGCUAACCCGACGAAGCAAACUGGGGAUACGAAUGGCGAGGCUGUGAUGAAUGGGAGUGCGACAGGGGCAGGGGCAAAGAAUGCCGAGAAAGGGAAGGCGAAGGAGUCGGAUAGUGGGGAGAAAGGAAAGGGGAAGGGGAAGGAACCGGAGGGGAGUGUGAGACCUGGCCCUGCGUUGGGAGCGGGACAGGUUUCUGGAGCAGCUCAGACCAACGCCAGCGCUUCGACGGCCCCCGCCUCUGCCUCUGCCACUCCCUCCACCUCCACCUCCCCCGUUACACCAUCUCCAUCUACCGCUCCCACUCCCGCUCCCGCUGCCUCGUCUCAGCCACCCACCCCAGCUCCCGCCCCACCUUCUCCCACUCCAGCACCCCCCAUCGACGUAGACUCCCUAAUCAUGUCCCCCGAAGGCUUCACCUCCUUCCUCCUCUCCACCGACAACGCUGCCUUUGUCGACCAGAACCUGGGCGUGUACCACGACAUGUCCCGGCCGCUGUCAGAGUAUUAUAUCUCUUCGUCGCAUAAUACGUAUUUGGUGGGACAUCAGCUCGUGGGGGAUAGUACGAUCGAGGGGUAUAUUAGGGCGUUGUUGCAUAGUUGUCGGAGCGUUGAACUGGACAUCUACGACGGCGACCCCACAACAGGCCCCGUAGUCUACCACGGCAAAACCCUAACCUCCAAAGUCUCCCUGCGCGACGCCUGCCUCGCCAUCGCCAAAUACGCCUUCGUCGUCUCUCCCUACCCCAUCAUCAUCAGCGCGGAAGUGCACUGCGGGUUGCAGCAGCAGGAGACGAUGGUGGACAUCAUGCUCGAGGUGUUUGGAGACAGUUUGGUCAGGGAGCCGGUGGAGGGACGGAGGAAGAUCGAGGUGUUGCCGAGUCCGGAGGGAUUGAGGGGGAAGGUGAUGUUGAAGGCGAAGAAUUUGUAUGUGGCGGCUGGGGCGCCGGCGGGUGCGAUUGGGAUGGGAGCAGGAGCAGGAGCAGGAGCAGGAGCAGGAGGGACAGGAGAGGCGGUGGAGGUGGAGGAGGAGUCGACUUCGACGGAGGCGAGUUCGUCGACGGAUGGGGAGUUUGUUUCUGAGCUGAAGCAAGAGUUCCAUAAAGCGAGGAAUAUACUCACUCACCACCGUAACAAAUCCUCUACGUCCUCCCCUCCUUCCCAAUCGCACGCCUUCCACCGCCGCCGCUCCUCCGCCAGCUCCACCUCCUCUCAGUCCCAACUCUCCAAACACUCCAAACAGUCUUCCAACGGCAAAGAAAAGCCGCGGAUGUCGCUCUCUCUGCUCUCCCUCCUCGUCUACACCGUCGGCGUCAAAUGCCGCGGCCUGAACAAGAAGGAACAAUACGCGCCCGAGCACGUCUUCUCGCUCUCUGAGAACACGGCGAACAAGAUGUUCAAGCAGGGGAGCGGGAUGAGCGAUCUGAUUAAGCAUAAUCGGACGCAUCUCGUUAGGGUGUAUCCGAAGGGGAUGAGGGUCAGUUCGAGCAAUUAUGAGCCGCAUAGGUAUUGGAGUGCGGGCUGUCAGUUGGUCGCUAUUAAUUGGCAGACUUGUGAUCUGGGGUAUAUGAUCAAUCAUUGUAUGUUUCAGAGGAAUGGGAGGUCGGGAUAUGUCCUCAAGCCGCUUGCGCUGAGGACGACCGACAAGGAGCUCCUCGCGAAACGCACGAAGCACUUCCUCGAUAUCACCAUCAUCUCGGCUCAGCAGCUCCCUAGACCGAAGGACGGCGACGGCCACGAGAUCAUGAACAAGUCCAUCAUCGAUCCCUACGUCGAAGUCUCCGUCCACGUACCCGACUGGACCCAGUCACCUUUUAUUCCCAACACCGGCACCGGAGCGACGACGCCCACCUUCACGCCCGCGGGCGGACCGACAUCUCACGCCUCAAAGGGCGCCACAUCCGAAUCCACCCCUCCUCCCACCACCUCCACCUCCACCUCCUCCUCGUCCAAAUUAACUCCAGGAACGAGCACAACGACCACACGCACCUCCACCGCCGCCAUCUCCUCCACCUCCGCCUCGGGCAGCACGAAAUACGCCUCGGUGCCGUCGACGUCGACGGCGCGCACGGUGACGUACCGGACGAGCGUCGUGAAGAACAACGGGUUCAAUCCGGUCUGGGAGGAGGCGCUGAGCUUGCCGUUUGAUUGUGUGGGGGAUAUGAGGGAGCUGGUGUUUGUUAGGUUUGCGGUUAGGCAGGAGGGCGCGGACGAGGAUAAGGAGCCUUUGGCGGUUUAUGGGGUUAGUUUGGGGAGUUUGAGGGAGGGGUUCCGACAUUUGCCGUUGCAUGAUUCGCAACUUUCGCAGUAUCUGUUCUCGACGCUGUUCGUGCAGAUCGAUAUCCGGGAUGCGUGAGGUAGGUAGGUAGGUAGAGAGUCCAUCUCUUGGCGCGAUACUCAAGAAAGAUAGAAGAAAGUCGACGCAGUCCUUGAAUUUCUGUAUUUUUUCUUCUCCGUCGCAUUCCGUGCUCUUCCGAAUUUGCGUUGCAUUGUAUACAUCUACAUCAUCCGAGUCUUUCUCUUUCAUCGAUUCAUCUAUCUGCUUCAUGAUAAGGCCGUUUGUAUCAUCUACGUUGCUCGCUGGUGCUUGGAGACUUUUCACCAUUCAGACAGCAUGCACACACCCACACACAUACAGACAUAUACAUCAAUCCAUAUUUAUAUCCAUCUCUUACUUCAUUCCGAGUCCACUCAUCUUCUUCCGCUCACUCACUCCAACACCUGGAUUUCCUAGCACACAGUCACAUCAAGGUCCC